UCCCGCCCCGGGGGCCCUCGGGUGGUGUGGCUGGUGCGCGCUCAGGAUUAGCUUCCAGUCCUGGCUCUUCCUCUGGUGCCCAGCCGGCCGGCCUCCGGACCCUCUGUGCCGGGCAGGGCCACGGGACCCCAGCGCCGUGGUGGCCUCGAGAAGGACCCUGUCGGGCCCCGCAGGGAUGCGCGUUCACCCAGCCCGCUCUGCCGACCGCGGGGGCGCCCACCAGGACGCAACAGGACCUCCGGGUACGUGGAGCUGGCCCCGCUCUUCCGAGGCCUUCACCAGCUCCGCGGGGCCUUGUUUCCAUCCACCUGUGGCCCUUCCGGCGGCCACCACUGUUCCCCAAGACGGCCCGAAGGCGUUGGGAAUUGUCUCAGGGCGGAGUGUUCCGACAGCGUUUGGCUUACAGGGCGCUUGCACUGGCUGAGUCACACUGGCCCUACCUCGACCCACGCGGCCGCCCCCUCCCCCAGGCGGCCCGUCCAGAGCGCUCCCAGGGCGCGCAGGCCCCCCGGGGCACGGCGCUGCCCGCUCAGCCUCCGGGCAGGGACAGGGACAGGGACAGGGACAGGGCAGCCUGCUGCGUCAGACACUGUCCUGGCUGGAACUGCCAUCACGGCCAAGAGGGAGCUCGUUGCUUUGUGCCCAGUGCCGGACUCCAAGCAGGCACACCCGGUCGGGCCCCAGGGCGCGCUCCCGACUCCCAGCAGCAUUUAACUCUCCACGUGGGAUGAGAGUAAACAUCAGGCUUCUUAAGAGCCGAGCAAGGGCUGCGAGGGCUGCAGGCGGCCAGGGCCUGCGUGUCCAGGGUGUGCGCAGGCUGAGCUCUCCGCCCCUCCUUCCACGAUUGCCGCCGGGCAGCGGGUGGGAACCCGGCUGCAGCCGGAUUUCAGACGCUGCGCAGGACGGAAGCAUGGCUGCCACGUCCAACCUGACGCAGGCGCUGGAAGACGCCUUCAGAAGGAUCUUCAUCACGUACAUGGACAGCUGGCGUAGGAACGAGACCUUGGGGCAAGAUAUCAUUAAAGCCAAGGUGGACGCGGAGAACUUCUACUACGUCAUCUUGUACCUCAUGGUGAUGAUCGGCAUGUUCUCCUUCAUCAUUGUGGCCAUCCUGGUGAGCACGGUCAAGUCCAAGCGGCAGGAGCACUCGGACGACCCCUACCACCAGUACAUCGUGGACGACUGGCAGGCCAAGUACAAGAGCCAGAUCCUGAGCCUGGAGGAGUCCAGGGCGGCCGUCCACGAGAACCUCAGUGUGGUGGAGUUCCCGAUGUCCCCCUGA